CCGCCUGUUUCGCCCGCUCCAUAUAAGCAAAAGGAUGCCGGUUGCAGUGAUUACUGGAGCGAAUAGCGGCCUUGGAUUUGCAGUUGCAUGCCGACUGAUCACGGCUGUUGAAGGAAUCACAAUUGUCGUGACAUGCCGAUCCACCACCAAAGCCAAAGAUACUCUGCGCCGACUUCAACACAAAUAUCCCGCAAAGACCCUCAAACUCGAUUAUGCACUGCUUGACCUUGCGUCCAUGCGCAGUGUUCAUGACACUGCAAAGGAGUUAAAAGAGAGGUUUGGAAGGAUCGACUAUCUAUACCUCAAUGCCGGUGCAGGAGACUUCAUCGGCCUUGAUUGGAAACAACUGGCAUUGGAUUUCUGGAAUGUGUUCAUCGCUGCACUCACCGCACCAACCUACAAGUUGCAAAGAAUAGGUCGCAAGUCGGGUGAUGGACUGGGAUGGGUAUUCCAGUGUAACGUAUUUGGACAUUUUUACUUGAUGAAGGAGCUACUCCCAGUUAUGAAGGAUGGUGGUAAAGUCAUCUGGACCUCAUCUCUUGAGGCAUUCCCUUGGGCGUUCUCCUACCCUGACCCCACCAAAACCCUCUCGGACGUCGCUGAUGCAAGUACCUCCACGCCCUCUGACACCCUCCAACUCCUGACCAACACCCACUCCUACGAGGGCUCGAAACGUAUCACUGAUGUUCUCCACAUUGCAUCAUACAAAUCCAUCUUCAAGUCAUACAAAGUCAGACAAUACCUUACUCACCCAGGUAUCUGCGGUACCAACAUCAUGGCAGAUCACCUCAUCAAGCCGUUCUUCUGGGGUAUGUUUGCCUGUUUCUACCUUGCUCGUUUGCUGGGUUCGGUAUGGCAUACGUGUACAGCGCACAAAGGUGCUCUCUCGUCUCUGUAUUGCGCGGUGAUCGAUGAUGACAUGAGCAAGAAGUUUGGAAGUGGGACAGAUAGGUGGGGAAAUGAGAGGAUUGUGUGA